AUGCGACGUUGGUGUCCUUUUGUAGAGACUGGAAAAUGGGAAACCCAACAGUGUGAAAUAUUGAAUUGUGAGGCUGUUCCGGUCAUCGCUAAUGGACAAGUUACUCUUACACAAGAUGGAAAUACCACGUUUGGAGCGAUAGCGAAUGUAUCAUGUUCAAUAGGAUAUAACGCGACAGUAGAUACUAUACUGUGUCUAGAUACAGGAGAAUGGGAUAAUGCAACAUGUACUUUAAUAGAUUGUAGUGUGGCCCCUAAAGUGUCUAAUGGAAACGUAGCUUUGCUCAAAGAAGAAAAUACUACAUAUGGAGCAUUAGCGGAAAUAACCUGUGAGACUGGUUAUAAUUUUUCUGUGUCAACCAUACAGUGUCGUGAUACCGGGUUCUGGGAUACUGCUACAUGCGAUUUAAUUGUUUGUGAACCAUCACCAACGAUAGAAAACGGGGAAAUAACUUUACAAGAAGAAAGAAAUUAUUCUUUUGGUGCAAUAGCUCGUAUUGACUGUGACACGGGAUAUACUGCAGGUAUAACUGCUAUACAAUGUCGUAGAAAUGGGACUUGGGAUACGACUAUCUGUUCAAUAAUAGAUUGUGGCAGACCAGAUGAUCUAAUGAAUGGUACUAUCAAUACUUCUAAUGGUACAACAUAUGGUUCAACUGCCACAUAUUCAUGUGAUGAAGGUCUUGAUAUUAUUGGUGAUGUAACUCGAAUAUGUGAUGCAAACGGAAAAUGGAGUAAAACGAAGCCUGAUUGUUUGCUAAAAGAAGUACAAACACCUAAAACUUGUAAGGAGAAUGUAGACAGUAGAGGACUAACUUGGAAAGAAACAAUAUCUGGAAAUAUUAGGAAUGAAAGUUGCCAAAGCGGAUUUACAGGUUCGAUAUCUAGGACAUGUGGUGCUGGCGGAGUGUGGAACUUGCCGCAAUAUAAUUGUGUUCGUGAAUCGAUAGUAAAAGUUAAUGAAAAGGUAUUAAAGCUGAGCAAAAAUUCAACCGGGGAUGAAGUUGAUACUGUCUUGGAGGAAAUUUUAAAAGUGACAACAGUAAAUGAAACAACUGAUAACAACAAUACUUUAACUGAUGGCGAAUUAAGAGUUCUAUCUUCAUCGCUUGAGACAGUAGCGGAUGUGUUGGCAAAUUCUUCUGGAAUCAUAAAUGAAAACAUUACUGAUGAAUUCCUAGAAAUUGCGAGUAAUCUUGUCGAUGAUUCCAAUCAAGAGAGUUGGAAGUCUAUUUCUCAGUCGGUAUUUACUUUGAGAGAACAAAAUGAAAAUAAAGAAGUGAAACCUAUAGAUAAUCAUAUUUUACGUGCUGAGAUGCGUUUAAGUUUGAACACUCCCCCGAUUGAUGUAAAGAAAGUUUCUAACAAAGGUGUAUCAUUUCCGGAUCCAGACAAAACAGUGUCGGACAAAGAUGAUGCAAACACCGACUGGUUUAAACAGGCCAGUAGCAGUUUACGCUUAGAAGCAGCCGCGUUGAAAAAAAGUUGCUACUUCAAGUACAAUGAUUUAUUGACCAAGAAAAUAAAAUUGAGGCUUGACUGA